GACGCCGCCAUGCGCGCCGCCGCGCCGCUGCUGCUGCUGGUGCUGGUGCUGGUGCUGGAGGGCGCCGGCGCGUUCCUGACGCACCGCUGGCUCGUGCCGAACCUCUACUUCCCCAUGAUCCGCGCGCUCGACCGCAAGACGACGACAGCGCGCAAGGUGUUCGGCGGGCUCACGCGGCUGUUCUCGUUGCUGGGUCGACGUAAGCGCUCGAUAGACUCGGGGUCGCUCUGUGACUUCCGCGAGCCCUGUCUGGCGCUCGAGGCGAUGGACGCUGGUAACCUGGAGCGGUGGAUUGAAAACAGACAACAGAACAUCGGCCACAACACGCACGUCUGA